AUGACCACUCUCGUUCCCCGCCCACCUUACUCCAAAGAUGAGGUGAACAAGCUCUACCCUCAGGGUCUCGAGUUACGCUUGGUUCAAGUACUCCUCCGCCAUGGAGAGAGAGCACCAGUCUCGGCUCGGUUUGGCAACGCAGGACUUGCUCCGUACUGGCCCUAUUGCAACGCCGCUCAACGACUCCGCUCUGUCGCUAUGACCCCUCAAGACGUAUCACAAUGGAACUCUCUACAGUGGAGGAGGAGACUGGAGAGAUUUGGAAGUGACGAUGGUCCCGUCAUUGCUGCUGGACCUGAAGGCGAAGUGGAUGGUAUCUGUCAGCUGGGCGAAUUGACCGACAAAGGAAGAGAAACCACCUACGAACUUGGCCGUCGCCUACGUAAUCUUUACGUGGACCAGCUCAAGUUCAUGCCACAGCUCAUUGCAAAUGCCGAUCUGAUCUACCUACGAGCAACUCCACUGCCGCGUGCCCUGGAAUCCGUCCAACAAGCGUUUUGGGGCAUGUAUCCAUUGGCUGCGCGGACUGCUGCAUUCCCGCCUCCGACCAUUGUUACACGGACCGUGGCAGAUGAAACAUUGUUCCCGAAUGAUGGCAAUUGCCGACGCUUCGCCCAAUUAUCUCGUGCCUUUGCUCAGCGAACAGCCGACCGUUGGAAUGAAACAGAUGAUCUGGCAUACGUAACAAAGUUGAUUGGAAAAUGGAUGCCCGAAAACUCUGACAAGAAGGUUGCGGUAGACUCCCACCCUAGACUUUCCGGAGUCAUGGAUACUGUCAAUGCCACACUUGCACAUGGUCCGGAGACUCGCCUUCCGAGAGAAUUUUAUGAUGAGAAAUCUCGAGCGAUCAUUGAUCGUAUUGCUGUUGAGGAGUGGUUCUCUGGAUACAACGAAAAUCGCGAGUAUCGCAUGCUGGGUAUAGGAUCCCUAGUUGGCGACGUCGUCGAACGCAUGACUUCCAAGAUUGAAGGUGCCGGACUCUCAAUCAAUGAAAUUGGUGGUGAGAAUGGUCGAUUAGGUCAAGGUCGUGGUGGUGAGAAAGGUAUUCGGUUCGCCAUGUCUGGUUGCCACGACACAACAUUGGCUGGAGUAUUGAGCGGUCUUGGUGCUUUCAGUGAGGAGAAAUGGCCACCAUAUACAAGCCAUAUUGCAUUCGAGCUAUUCCGUCGUCCUGAUCCAGCCUCGGCCUCUGCAAAUUCCGAGCCAGAUGCCGAUUUCCUCACCAAUACACACCCUUCCUCAACAGAGCCCAAAAACGAAAAGGCAUCAACAAGACCUGGCGCGAUAGCGUCGUUGCUAGGUUCUCGUUCCCCAUCUCCCAAAAGCUCAGAUGCUUCCCCAAGCAGACUGUUUGGCCUAGGUGCAUCAAAGCCGCACAAAGAUCUUAUUGCUCGUGCUCCACACCACAGCUUGAGUGACUCCCAGAAGUCUCGGUUGGAACCAUACUACGUCCGGAUUCGAUACAACGACAAGGUCAUGAAGAUUCCAGCAUGUGCAAAGCCAGGCAACAACUACGAGGGCGACGAGACAAUCUGUACAUUUGAAGCCUUCAAGCGUGUUGCCGACAGUUUUACUCCCAAAAAUUGGAAAGCUCAGUGUGGUGAAAACCUUGACAAACCCAUAGCUGGUUUAGAAGGCCCUGCGCAAUUCGCCGGGCAGGUUGAUGAUGGUUUCUGA